CGGAGAAGAGCAACAGCAGCAGAGAAGAUGAAAGGACCUGUAGGGACUUCUUGUGACAAGCCUCGACCGUGUACGCAGAGGAGGAAGUUUACGGUGUGCACUGCAAGUGCUAGUGGGAAGGAGCCCGCACCAGGAACCGAGUCGAGCUUGUUUAAGGGGCAGGGUGAGACGGAACAUGCGAAACUGCGGUUGAAGAACACGGUUUGGAACUGGUGCGAUCAGGGGCAGGAGGUUGUUACUUCGAAAGGGUGUGGGGAGUACUGGAUCAGGUGCAGGUUGUGCUUCGUAAUCCUCAGGGGAUCGACAAGCAAGGUUGUCGAAUAUUUCCUAAGGCCCAUGAAGCCGUGUGCAAUGCGGACGGGGGAGAUAGUCCACACUUUGGUCGCUGUCGGCGUGAAGAUCCAUCUGAAUGACAAGAAUAGGAAGUACUUGCUGAAGAACUACAAAGGACCCGGUGUUGAGUCAGAAGUACUUCGUGAUCAUGGGCUGACUGGACAAGAAGGCUUCAAUGAUCCCCAAAUAGACGAGCUCCAGCCAUCGUCUGUUGCUGGUCGGUCUGUUGCGCGCAGUGCGAACCUGUCUGCUGCCGUGUUGGGCCAGGCGAGCGGAGAGGAGGGUGCAGCGGCGGGUGGAGGCAGUGAUGAAGGGCAAGGGUCGACAACACGAGUGGUCACCACCCGACAGACCACUGUACGGCGUCUCCUGUUGAAGGACUUCACAAGCCUGUCGUGGAUCAAGGGCAUUGUGAAGACCGCAAACACGAUCGUGAAGUUCAUCAGGAAUCAUCAUGCCACCCACGGGCUGAUGAUGUUCAUUGAUGACACCUUGUCCCUGCUUCGUCCCACUGAGGUCUGCUUUAGAUCCGUGUACAUGACGUUGCAACGCUCGGCAGACAGAGAGAAUGUCCUGACAGAGAUGGUCGAUGGAAGGGCAGCUGCAAAGUGGAGAUCACUGAGAUGGUCAGGGGAAAAGUUACGCAGAAAGGCUGACCUUGUGUACUACACUGCGAGGUCCGAGUCUUGGUGGCCACAAGUGAAGAAGAUUGUCGCCAUCAUGCGCCCAGUGUACCAGAUGCUGAAGAGGAUGGACGUCGAAGGCAACUCUCCAACAAAUCUUGUGGAGUACGACGAGCACGUUGCUAGGAGGCUGACAAGUGUUGUGCUCACAAAGAAGGAGCGGGAGGAUGUGAUAGAGAAGAAAGAGGAGGAGGAAAGGAGGCAAAGGAGAAUGGUGAAGGCUCCAAAAGGCAGAAUUCCCAAGGAGCUUGUUGAUUCUGACUCCGGCGGCAGCAGUGACCUCGAGGAUCUUGUGUGGAAGGGCAAGUGUUGGAACGAGUCCUCAUCAGAGGACUGCGGCGAGGAGGAAGCAGGGGACUCCGAUUUCAAGGUUCGUGAGGCGCCAAUUGUCCCAACUACCGCAUAUGUUGGCAGGCGUACACGGCAACGAGAGAGGGAUCUUGAGGUGGAGCUCAUGCCGGUUGUCGAUGUGGUGGAUACAAAUGUCGAGUUUUUGUUUCACCCCCACGACGAUCCCGACGAGGAGGAGGCCACACAUGCUAAGGCAAUGGCAGACAGGGAUGCUGAACUUGUGGACAAGCGAAUGCGGAGGAGAUUCGUCGUGCUGCGCUCCCUACCUGCAGGGAGAGGGAGAGACGAGCUGCACAACACAACAAGCACACCGAUGAGCCGGUGAGUGGCGCUCGUGUCAUCCCAUAUGUCUCCUAUCGUGUAGAUAUCCCUCUUUACCCACUUCCUCCACAGUGACUUAGAAUUGCGGUAGAGGGAGAGGGUAUGACCCUGAGAAUCUUGAAUUUGUGGGUGGCCAUAAAGGGGCUGCCGCCAGAUCUCGUGCCAUCUCAGGGGGGUUGACUUUUGUAGAGGGACAUGAUCUCUCCAAAGCUUUAACAAAUCAGGCCACAUAAG